AAAAGGAUUCAAUGGGCAAACAAUAUGCUAGAGAACCAGCAGUUGCUAAAAAUUCAGCCAAGGCUAAAGCCAGUGAUUUGAGAACACACUUUAAGAAUACCUAUGAAGUAGCUAGAGCACUGAAGGGAUAAACUGUUGCUUAAGCACUCAAAUAUUUACAAGAUGUCUUAUAACAUAAGAGAUGUGUUCCAUUCACCAGAUUUAAUGGAGGUGUUGGUAGAACAAGUCAAGCCAAAGAAUUCGGCAGAUCUUAAGGUAGAUGGCCAGAAAAGAGUGUCAGAAUUGUAUUGUCACUUUUACAAAAUUUGGCAGCUAAUGCUUAAGUCAAGAAUUUGAGCAAUGAGAAACUUAUCAUCAAUCAUGUCUAAGUUAACAGAGCCUAAAAGGGUAGACGUAGAACAUACAGAGCUCACGGAAGAAUUAAUCCAUUCCUUUCAUCCAAUGCACACAUUGAAAUAUGGGCUGCUCAAAAAGAUGAGAAUGUCAAGAAAGAAGCAAAUAAUAAGGUUGUUGCUCGUUAAUCAAGAAAAUAAGUAGCUAAGAACAGAUUGGCAAUUGGUGCAUGAGAAUACAUUAAUAUUAGUAUAAUAUCUAAGUUAAUAUGUUUUUCAAUAUUCUUGUCA